AUGACAGAAGAACAAAUUUUGUGUGAAAGAUAUUAUGAUAGGACAACUCAUCGUCUUAUUGAUGGUAGAUUUGAAGUUAGAUUGCCUUUUAAAACAGACCCGAAAAUAUUAGGAAAUUCUUACGAAAUAGCAAAACGGCGUUAUCUUUAUCUAGAGCGAAGAUUAGCUAAAGAUCACAAAAUGAAGGAAAUGUAUGUGGAUUUCAUGAAAGAAUAUUUAAAUCUUGGCCACAUGUCGCUAGUUGAGAAUAUUAAUCAUAUUACCACUACAAAAUGGAGAGUUGUAUUCAAUGCGUCAAGUAAAACAUCAACUCAAAAAUCACUUAAUGAUACUCUUAUGAUUGGUCCUACCAUACAAGAUGAUUUGUUCUCAAUAUUAUUACAAUUUCGUUUGAACAAAUUUGCCAUAACGGCGGAUAUAACGAAAAUGUAUAGACAAGUCAGAAUUCAUGAGGACGAUCGUAAGUAUCAAUUAAUUUUAUGGCGAGAUAAUCCUGAGUUUCCAAUGCAAAUUUAUAAACUGAAUACAGUAACUUAUGGUACUGCUUCAGCGGCAUUUCUUGCGAUUCGAUGUCUUAAAGAAAUAAGUGAUAUUUUCAAAAAUGUACUUCCUUUGGGAUCACAUGUUAUAGCUAACGAUUUUUAUGUGGAUGAUUUGCUUUCAAGAGCGCUUUAA